ACGUGACUUGAAAUGAAGUAAAUAUCUAAUGAUAGCCGGAUUUGUCUCUGAUAAAAGUCAUCAGAUGUCGUCAGGUGGUAGUUGACUGCGGGAAGACCACAGAACUGAACGUCUAAUCAAUCCAUUUAGUCAAGAUGGCACUUGCUUUGUACGGCAACACAAUCGCACAGAUCGUCUUCAACUGUUUCUUCGCAAUAGGAAUCAUCGUCAGCAAUCUGGUACUAAUCGGCAUUAUUUUGUCAAACAAGGAACUCAGACAAAAUUCCAAGUAUGUCAUCGUCUUGUUCUUGGCACUGGCAGACUUAUUCGUUGGAAUAUUUCCCCUCCCGAUGUGGACACACACGCUGGUUACACAGGAAAUCGAUCUGUCGUGUUCAACUUUGAAGGCAUUAUAUGCAUGCAGUUCCAUUACUACUGCCAACAGCUGCUUUGCCGUUAUCGCACUGAACUUGGAGUUCAUACUUCAAUCUACAGUUUCGUCGUAUCAAGGAAUGUGCAAGAAAAUGGUUACAUGCAUUCUCGUGGCGUUCUUUCUACUUGGACCGAUCAUUCUUCUGGUGCCAAUAAUGGUCAAUGGUCAGUAUCCUGGUGCUCCAGCGUGUGGGUUAUUAUUGUAUGUGCAAUACGCAAGAGCUCUUGUUGCCUUGUCCUAUUGGGUUCCAUCUUUCAUCGCCAUCAUCUUGACAGUGGUCAGUAUUGCUGUACAUCAAAAGAGAAGACGGCAGUUGAAUCAUUAUGGUCAACAGGCAGUAUCCACAUCCUCGACCAGUCCCACUGCACCGGUGGAUAUGAUCCUUGCCUCGUUCUUGACAGUUGCUCUCUUCUUCCCAAGCGAAGUUAUAUCUUUGACAAGUGUCACGUGUUUCUCCGACUGCAGCUGGUAUUACAUACUAUCAACAGUUUUUGGCUACUUUGCCUCCGCUAAAUCUAUGAUCAUCCCAUUCCUCUGGUUUCUGAAAAAAGAUUUCCGGUCAAUAGCUAAAGGCCAGGUACCUUCCAACGCCAAUCAACAGCCAUUUGUCAGUCAGCCUCCUCCCUACUACGCGCACCAGCAAUAUCUGGAAGGUCCUGCAGCACUGACUACUGCUAAUCAGAACAACUAUUUCAGUCCCGUGGUAACUGAGAAGGAUGACCCGGCAGAGGCAGUGAAACAGUAACAAAAACUAUCCCUCCCUUGGGCCAUAUGCUCUUGUGUUUGUUAUUGUACGCCACAAUUAGCAAUAUUCAAGCUGUAUAACCUGAAACAGACAGAUCAGUUAUUGGUGCAACUAGCAUCGUCAAAAAAGAAAAACCCACCAGGGUACAAUAAUACGCCAUCAAACAAAUCAUCGAGCCUGACCACCCUUUACUUGCCUUGUAAGGCAGGCAUAGGUAACUGGAGGUAACUGGUAAAAUGACAAUGCAAUGGUGUGACAAACAUGGGUAAUUACACAGGUUGAUUAAUACGGGUAAUUAAAUCGAAACCAAACUGUGCUGAUUGUAGUAUAAACAAGCAAAUAUUAUUGUGUUGAAUAUUGGUAUUUGUAACUUGUACGUUAGUCUCAUUGGUGUUGACAUUAAGUUCAUAAACGUCUGUAUAUACUAUUCGAUCGUAAAACAAGUGUGUAAUAAACGUUUCAAAGUGUAUAAUUUAUGUGUUUAACUACAUUCCCGAGACGAAGAUGAGAUUUAGUCCAACAGGACUAUCUGGUUAAACAGAAAUCCGUAUUAAGUUCCAAGUGGAGUUACAACCCUUUGUAACCCGUUAAGUCGACAGUUUAAUUCAGUAAUAAUAAAUUGAUAAAGUAAACAGAAAGAACA